AUGAACAUGAAGCCCGGCACGGAGGGCGGCUGUACGAACGUCUCGGCAGAAGGCCUCGUGACGGUGGACCGCACCUCAUAUGAUGCACUUAAUGUUGUUGAGGAGCUAUGGACUGGCCUAAAUCUUCCAUCAGAGGCCCUGUUGAAUACCCAGCUUGAGGGUGACAGUGGACCAGCAUUGCCGUCGUCAUUUCGGAUUGGAGUUCUCGCGCAAGCCUCCAUUGCAUUGUCUGCCCUUGCUGCCGCUCAGAUUUACGCAUUACGCAAUGAGGUUAAAGUGCCGCGAGUGGAAGUUCCUCUGCGACACGCCGUCGUCGAGUUCAAAUCCGAGAGAUUCUAUACUAUUGAUGGGCAGCCGCCUUCUGCACCAAAUAACGCGAUAGGAGGACUCCACCGCACUGCUGAUGGAUACAUUCGUGUCCACGACUCGUUCCCAAAUCACUCUCACGGUAUGCUGGAACUGGUCGGGCUUCCCCANGGAUCGACUCAAGAACAUCUUGCUGAUAAGAUUGCCCAAUGGCGAAGCCUUGAUCUCGAAGACGCGGCGACUGUCAAGGGUAAACUCGCAGCCUAUGCCUUACGCUCCUACAGCGAAUGGGAUCCUUUGCCGCAAGCAAGAGCUCUCUCAGACUCUCCAGUAAACGUCCAUCCCACAUCCCUCGAUGGUACCAAAGGCUUCUCAGACCGAAUACCCAAAGAUGCAACCAAAUGCCUCCAAGGCCUACGCGUAUUGGAAAUGAGUCGCGUGAUAGCAGCUCCUCUAUGCGGCAAAACACUUGCCGCUCAUGGCGCAGACGUGAUCUGGGUCACAUCUCCAAAUCUACCGGAUCUGCCCAAUAUUGACCGCGAAUUCGGACGUGGAAAACGUACAGUCCAGCUAGACAUACACAACGCAGCCCAUAAAGCCAAACUGCUGGACCUGAUCAAAGAUUGUGACAUCUUCAUCCAAGGAUUUCGACCAGGGAGUCUUGCACAACAUGGUUUGUCCCCAAAAGAUCUGGCCAAGAUCAAUCCAAAUAUCGUGGUGGGUAACAUGUCGGCUUUCGGACCCAGCGGACCUUGGGCCAGUCAACGUGGGUUCGACUCAUUGGUUCAGACUUGCUCAGGAAUGAAUGUAUCGGAAGCUCAACAUGCCGGCCAAGGUGAAGCAGCCCGCCCGUUGCCCUGUCAAGCUCUCGACCAUGCAAGUGGAUACCUCCUUGCAACUGGUGUUCUCGCAGCACUUUACCACCGCACUAUCCAAGGUGGUGCCUGGCAGGUAGACGUUACUCUGGCCGGCACGAUGAAGUACCUACGCAGUCUUGGACAAUACCCUGGCUCAAGCGGCUUUCAAUACAUAGACUACAAGCAACAAACCGAUAUACCUGCCGAGUAUCUGGAGAGCAGAGAGACUGGCUUUGGACGCAUGGUCGCUGUAAAACACAGUGCCAAGAUCAGUGGCUGCGAAGUCGGCUGGGAUACCAUGCCAAAGCCACUAGGUUCAGAUCCAGCAGAGUGGCUAUAG